AAAUUUGUUCUUGAAAUACUCCUCAUGUACUCAGUACUAUGUAGGUUUUAGGCCCCAAUCCCCCAAGCCCUCCUUUUUACCGUUACUCUCUUGUCGAUCAAUUAAUUCCCGGUCAGCACCGGAGGCGACAAUGAAGCGAGACCGACAGUCGCAGUGCGGGGGAUGCAGGGCGGAGGAGCGAUUCCUCCUUCAUAAUAUCCGUCAUCUAGGGACCUACCGUCGUCUCUGCACAGGCUGCGUCCUCAAGACUCAUCAAGGUCUUUUCUGCCCCUUCUGCCUCCAGUUAUUCGAGGACGCCCGCCCGCCUCCGUCGGACCAGCGCCUCAUGUGCUUCAACUGCCCCUCCAUCUCCCACCUCUCCUGCGCUCCUUCUUCUGCUCACUCCUCCUCUUUUCUCUGCCCCACUUGUUCCGACCCCAGUUCUUCCUUCUUUAAUUCUUCUUCUCCGGAGAGCGGGAGACUCAUUCAUAGGGAGUCCGCCAGGGCACUUGUUGCCGCAGCCAGAAUUGCCGCUGCUGCCAUGACCAAGGCCGCUGUUAUUGCAAGGGUUGAGGCUGAGAGGCGGGCCAAGGAGGCCAUUUCGGCGAAGAAGAGAGCGAAAGAGGCCUUGGAACAACUUACUCGUUUGGCACCCAAAGAGAAGGACAUGGAGAAGCGGAAUUACACAGGACUUCAUAACAACAACAAGAAGAAACUGAAAUCGAGAUGAGGAGCCGAGGCCAAUGGAUUUAAAGGUCAAAAUGGUGUAUCUGCUGAUACUGGCACCAAGUUUUAACCUCUCGUUUAUCAUGGCAUGGAAAACUGGGAAAAUGAGUUUUUGAGAAGAGAUUGAAGGAAUAUAUGAUGUCAGUCUACGAAGUUUUAGGCUGCGAUUUAUAGGACACUUCAUGACUAGGUGGCAGGUUGGCAAUCGAAAACCAACUCUCGUCCAUAUAUUUCUCUAUGAAACUAAGUUUAUUUUUUUCUAAGUUGAUCAUCCCUCGGCAGGAUUUUCAGGCUGAGGAAGAACGGUUAGGUGCACACCAGUGUUUUUCAGCCACUGGCUUCCCUGGAUGAAUGGACCAACUGUGAAUUGAAGAGCCUCAUUUCUGUUUGAUAUUACAUCGUAGCCCUUCCAUUUUACCCCCAUUGGUGUUGGCAUCUGUGCCCCGAUUGGCAUACUCUGCACAAGACAGCGUGUUAAGUGCAAAGUCUCCACUCUCCAGCUUUGCCAUCCAUCCAGCACGUUGGAUUAAAUCUCUGAUUGUCAAUUCCAUAACAACAGUAUUGAAUAUAACUUCCAUGGCCUGCCCAGGAAAGACGGGAUCUUGAAUUCACAGGGAAGAGUAACUGUUCUGAAACAAUUCUGCAGUUUUGCGUCACCAAUCCAGUGGUUUUACGCUUGUCUGAUUGUCCAUGAGCAGUUACCGUGUUUUGUUGUUUGUCCAUGGGUUUUCUUGCUAUAUGAUCAAUGAGUUUUAGAUGGCUGUGGUAGAGUCUCCGAAUGAUAAAAUCGAUGGGUCCAGAGAUGACAUAAUUACAGUAGAAUUGACAGUGGCUUUGGACGUUCAGGGCGUCUUUGUACCAUUCUGCAGUUGUAGAAGGCUGACAUGUCUGACUGUACUCAGAGUGCCACUGCCUCGUGUCCCUGUGGACCUGCUGUGUUAUGAAACCCCAUUGGCUUCCGAUUAAAUUUUAUCAUUUGUGGAAGUUUGAUCUUAAGCAAAUUAGCGGAUUUAGUCACAAUUGCAGUUUGAUUUUUCGCUUUUAUGGGUAGGGUAGGGUUGUAAAUGAGCUGAUGGAGAAAUCUCAUUUAUCUAACAUGGUCCUCCUUCAGUAUAUCGUAUUUUCAGAAAUGAGAAGCAAAGGGAAAAUAAGGGUUUGGACUUCGGGAAAUCGACUCACCAAAGGAUGCUGCAGCCUGGUGGUGGAGAAGUUGAGGCUAUUGGUCUUGUGGUGCUUAGGAUAAGGCAUUUGAAAGAGAGGUUGAGGCUGUUAUUUUAGUGUCUCUGAAAUGAUUUCUCUCAUCAAAUGCAUUGAUGUUGUUUUAGGACUUGUUCAUGUUGUUGAAUUAUGAUAGUCAGACAGACUCAAAUGUUGGCGUCUUACUAAUGCCCUUGUUAAUAGAAUAGAGAAAUGUGAAAUCCAACUCCGCCUUAUUGGUUUCUGAGG